GUUUUAUCUGAUGACUUCCCUUUAAAUCCACAGCCAGUGUGCUGCUUUCGCUGCUGCUUGCUGUCGGGCCAACUUCCGAAAACACAUCUUUUGCCAUGUCGGUGUGUUCAGCCCUCUCGAACAGACGCUUAGCCAGAGGCUGCUGCAGGCUGCUGGGCAGUGGUCCUCGACCACUGGUGCACAUCAGGUCAGCCAGUGUAGCUGAGGCAGGCACACGAUCUGAUGAAGAACAACUCUGGGAGGCACCAACAGGUUACCUGCCGUUCAGCAGAGCCAAGAUCGGAGCGUUUUUUCAGGAACGAUCAGUGCUGAAGAAUCCAUUUCUGGAGGAUGCUUUGCUCAGAGGAUAUCUCAGGAGACACCUGCCCCAUGAAGCAGUUUUUUCAGACUUGAGUGCCUUUGGAGAGCGUGUGGCAAAUGAAGUGGACGGAUGGGGUAGAGAGUGUGAGGUUAACCCUCCACAGCUGGUGCAUUUUGAUCCUUGGGGUCGGAGGGUGGACCACAUUGUGACAUCUGCAGCCUGGAAACGCAUGAAAGACCUAUCAGCACAAGAAGGGCUGGUUGCCAUCGGUUAUGAGAGAUCAUUUGGGGAGUGGAGUCGUGUGUACCAGAUGAGCAAGUUGUACAUUUUCUCCCCCUCAUCCGGUCUGUACACUUGCCCUCUGGCCAUGACUGAUGGAGCCGCAAAAGUCAUCCAGUCCAUAGGUGUGUCACGGCCAGUCGAAGAAGCUUACAGCCGUUUGACUACCCGUCAACCUGAACGUUUCUGGACGUCAGGACAGUGGAUGACUGAGAGACAAGGAGGAUCUGAUGUGGGCAGCGGCACUGAGACAGUAGCUGUUCCCCAAACAAAUGGCUCGUACAAACUGCAUGGCUUCAAGUGGUUUACAUCUGCCACAGAUGCAGACAUGACUCUCACACUGGCCAGAGUGCAGGACAGAACAGGAGCAACUACACCGGGUAGUAAGGGUUUGUCUCUUUUUUAUGCGGAAGUGAGUCGAGAUGAGGAUGGCCUGCUGUGGGGCAUAGAGGUUCAGAGAUUAAAAGACAAGCUGGGAACACGACAGAUGCCGACUGCCGAGCUACUGCUGGAUGGCCUGCCUGCAUAUAGGCUCUCUGAGGAAGGGAGAGGUGUGGCAUCCAUAGCUAACAUGUUAACCAUAACCAGGAUCCACAACAGUGUCUCUGCAGCAGCUGCAAUGAAAAGGGUGCUCCAGUUAGCCCGUGACUAUGCCACUCGCCGCACUGCCUUUGGAAAGCCUCUUAAAGACCACCCGCUGCACAUGCAAACUCUUGCAAGGAUGGAAGUAGAGACCCGUGGAGCUUUUCUUUUGGUGAUGGAUGUGUGUCGUCUGCUGGGUAGAGAAGAGAGUGGCCUGGCUUGCGAGCUUGAUACACACCUCCUACGUCUGCUCACACCUGUGGUGAAACUGUACACAGGGAAGCAGGCAGUGGCUGUUGUGUCAGAAGGCUUAGAAAGCUUUGGUGGACAGGGCUACAUUGAGGAUACUGGGUUGCCUGGAAUACUUCGUGAUGCACAGGUUUUGAGCAUUUGGGAGGGUACAACCAAUGUCCUAUCACUGGAUGUGCUGCGCUGUGUGGCUCGUAGUUCAGGAAUGGUUCUUCAUGCUUACUUUACCCAUGCCAAGUCAUUGCUUGCAGGAGCCUCUGGCAUUUCCUCACUUGCUCCAGCUGUGAAAGCAGUUGAUCUUGCUCUGUCUAACCUGGAAGAGUUUGUUCAGGUAGCAGCCACCAGAACACCCAGCUACCUGGAACUAUCUGCAAGAGAUCUGGCCUACAGCCUGGCUCGUGUCUAUGCAGGUGCCCUUCUCAUUGAUCAUGCCUGUUGGAAAAGUGCUUCUCCACACGACAUCUAUGCAGCUGUCAGGUGGUGUGAACAAGACUUGUGUCCUGUGGCAUCUAAACAGAAGAGAGGCUGCUAUGACUCCAGCACUGCAACACGUAAUGCUGCCUUGGUCUAUGAGCAGCCGAUUCAAGGCUAAAUGAUCAUUGAAAACUGAAAAAAUAUGGCUUAACUUCUUGUUGAGUCCCAGUCUAACAAAGUUGCAUUCAACAUCAAUUAAUUCAUUUUUUUAUGCAACAGAUCAUGUUUUGGUGAAAAUUAAAAGCUAAUCCUGAAUAAGCUGAACAAUAAUACUGAGGAUCAUUUUCUAAAUGCAGUUUAGGUGAGGCAUUUGUAAGAUUUGUAUUAAUGAUACGUUGAUAAGGUAUUUGCAUUUUGAGUACAGUACAUAACUAUAUAUACUAAUUUUGUUUGCAAAAUAGAUGAUUUUGGAGGGUUGAAUGCCUUAAAAAGUGGAGAAGUGAUGAAAACAUGAGGCCAAGCUUUGUACACCACAUUACGUCAUGUGUUUAAGAGAUUAAAGUAAUUAAAAAUCAUUGAUCAACUGAUGAGCUGACUGAUGCAAAAGGCUUACUUCUAUUACUGUUGAUAAAACUGCAUGUACUGGCUGUUGUCUGAGCUCCAAAGGAACUGUGAUGACUUUCUUCAUUUAUCUGCCUUCUAACUGUUUUGCAUUGUAUUUAAAUUUAUUUUAGAUUAAGUUAAACAUGUUAGCAGUUCUGUUAAGUAAUGCAUAUCAGGUUUAUUAAUGUAAAAUCGUAUAUAAAACGCAUAAUAAAGUAAUGUUUUCUCAG